AUGCUUAAUAGAGGAAUUAUUGUGCCAUCAAAUUCUCCUUAUAGUUCGCCGGUGUUGUUCCAAAAGAAACAUAACGGCACCUUAAGGUCUUAUGUUGACUAUCGGUCCCUGAACAAGAUUACUAUGAAGAAUAAGUACAAUAUUCCAUUGAUGGGUGACCUAUUCAACAGACUGGGAGGCACAAUUGUGUUUACCAAGAUUGAUCUGAAGAUAGGAUAUUGGCAAGUGACGAUUGCUGAGGGUGAUGAACAUAAAACAACAUGUAUGACACUGUAUGGGUCAUUUGACUUCUUGGUCAUGCCAUUUCACUUGACAAAUGCUCUUGCCACAUUUUGCACUUUGAUGAGCCAAGUAUUCCGAGAAUACAUAGACGAGUUUGUGGUGGUCUACUUGGAUUGUAUUGACUUUCUCGGUCAUUUCAUUAACAAGGGACUAAUCAAUAUGGACCAACAUAAGGUCCAGGCUAUCACGGACUGGAUGCCACCCAAGGAUAUCCAUGCCCUGAGGUUGUUCCUUGGAACUAUGCAACUUUUAUCACAGGUUCAUUUGAAACAACUCACUGAUAUCUAUGCCACUGAAAGAUCUCUUAAAGAAGGCCAUGUCUUGGGAUUAGUCUCCCAAGCGCCAGGAGGUUUUUGA